AUGGAAAAAAGUGAGCCCACGUUAGUACCAGAAUGGCUGAAAAGUGGUGGAAGUCUGCCCAGCACUACAUUGCAUUUAGAUGAUAAUGCUGGAUCGAAGCAUGCAAGAAAUAGGUCUUCAGUGAAUAACAAUGGUCAUUGUUUAGGGCGAUCACUUGAUUCUGACAGAACUUCUUCCUCAUAUUUCAGCCGUAGUUCCAGUAGUAAUGGUUCAACACACUUGAGGUCAUAUAAUAGUUUUAAUAGAAACCACCGAGAAAGGGACUGGGAGAAGGAUGCAUAUGAUUAUCGUGAUAAAGAAAAGUCAGUUUUUGGGGACCAUAGGCGUCGAGACUUUUCAGAUCCGUUAGGGAAGAUUUUGUCUAGUAGUUUUGAGAGGGAUGGGUUAAGACGCUCACAAUCGAUAGUCUCUGGGAAACAUGGAGAGAACUGGCCUAAGAAAACGUUAAUUGACUCUAGCAAUGCCAGUGGAAACAAUAGCAAUGGGUUGGUUGUCAAGGGCAGUCCUAUUGGCAGUGUGAAGAAAGAUGCAUUUGAAAGAGAUUUUCCCUCCCUGGGAGCAGAAGAAAGAUCAGCUGCUCCUGAUAUUGGAAGAGUUAAAUCUCCUGGUUUGAGUACUGUCAUCCAGAAUUUACCAGUUGGUACCUCAGCAAUGAUAGGUUUUGAAAAAUGGACAUCAGCUCUGGCAGAGGUGCCUGUGUUAGCUGGAAGUAAGGGAACUGGCGUUUUAUCUGCGCAACAUACCCUUCCUUCAAGCUUUGCCACCUUGGCUUUGAGCACAACUACUGGUCUUAAUAUGGCUGAAGCUGUGGCUCAGGGCCCUCCUCGCACUCAGACUACUCCUCAGUUAUCUGCUGGAACUCAGAGGCUUGAAGAACUUUCUAUCAAACAAUAUAAGCAAUUGAUUCCCGUGACGCCAUCUUUGACAAAAGCAUCGGUGUCAAAUUCUACAGACAAACAGAAGAUUAAGGUGGGCCAUCAGCAGCAUCCUCCUGUUACUAAUUCUUCACGGGGCGUAGCCAUGAAGUCUGAUGCUUCAAAGAUAUCUAGCCUGGGUAAGCUUCAAGUUCUGAAGCCAGUGCGAGAAAGAAAUGGCGCCUCUCCUGCUGUGAAGGAAAACUUAAGCCCAAGGGGUGGUAUCAAAGCAGCGAAUUCCUCUCUUUAUGUUGCUCCAUCAGUUUCUGGAUCUGCAGCAGUUAGGCCUCCCCCAAACAACCUGGUACUUCCUACUGUUGAGGGCAAGCCCGUAUUUUCUGCGUUGGAGAAGCGACCCACUUCACAAGCUCGAAGCCGAAAUGAUUUUUUCAACCUCAUGAGGAAGAAAUCUAUGGCAGAUUCCUUGUCUGUUUCUGAUCUUGGCACGCCCGUGUCCUCAUCUGUAUCUGAUAAGCUUGGUGAAAUACAGGUAACCUCUGCUCUUACGACUACUCAGGCUAGAGAUGGACAAUCACCUGUUAGCUUGUGUGGAGGCCACUUGUCCAAGGAGGGGGGUGAUUUCACCUGCAAUGUUGAUGUUAUUGAGAGCCAAAAAUGUCUUUGCAAUGGAACGAAAUAUCCUAUCUUAGAUCCAUUAUUUUCAGAGGAAGAGGCUGCCUUUUUACGCUCUAUGGGCUGGGAAGAAAAUGCUGAGGAGGGUGGUCUUACCGAGGAGGAAAUCAAUGCUUUCUACGGAGAUGUACAGAAGUAUAUCAAUUCGAAGCCAUCCCUGAAAAUUUUGCCUGGAGUACUUCCGAAGAUUUUGUUGCCCUUCAACUUGCAAGGCAUUGGUGUCAUUUCUUCUGGGUUUGGCUCAUCUGAUGCUAAGCUGGAAUCUUGA